UGAAUUUCUCACUCUCUCAUUCACACACUCACUUCUUCUUCAAUAAUUAAUUCAUAAUCCGAAACAACACACAAACAAACACACACAUCUAUCUGUGUUUCGAUAACCCCAGUUGCUUGGUUUCUGGUUUCUGGUUUCUGGUUUCGGAACUUCGAUCCCUUUUUCUUUCUCCUCAACAACACCUGCGGUUUUUUUCUUUUCUGGGAUGGGUCUUGGAGUGAAAGAGUCCUGGUUUAGUAGUUUGUGGGGGACCUCACGAAGAAAUGGAUCACGUUCUGAGAAAGUGAUAAUGGGAAUCCUGGCAUUUGAGGUGGCAACUUUGAUGUCCAAAGUUGCUAACCUGUGGAAUUGUUUGGGUGAUAACCAUAUUGCGCGGUUGAGAGAAGAUGUUGUUAACUCGCCUGGGAUUUUAAAACUUGUAUCGGAUGAUGAAAUAUUUCUCAUGAACCUUGCUUUUGCAGAAAUAGUUGAGAAUUUGUGGUAUGCUGCACACUCUGUCACUCGGUUAGGAAAGAGGUGCUCUAAUCCUAUAUAUCACCAUUUGGACCAUAUUUUUAGUAGCCCUUUAGAGAACUCAAUUGAAUCUUAUGGAUGGGAGUAUAAAUGGAAGAAGAUGGAGAAGAAAGUUAAGAAAUUGGAGAAAUUUGUUGCUGCUACUGCACAGUUGCAUCAAGAGAUGGAAGUGUUGGUGGAGCUUGAACAAACAUUGAGGAGAAUGCAGUGUAAUCCAGAAACCAAUCGAGUAAAAUUGCUUGAAUUUCAGCAAAAGGUCAUUUGGCAACGUCAAGAGGUGAAAAACUUACGAGAAAUGUCCCCCUGGUCUAGGACAUAUGACUACAUUGUGCAGCUUCUAUCAAGGUGCCUUGUUACUAUAAUUGAGAGGCUUAAAAUUCUGCUUGGAAUUAAUCAAGUGAUAUUUUUGGACAGAAAUCAUGCGCAUGGGGACCAGCCUACUGUUGGACCCCUGCUUCGGAGCCGCUCAUUUGUACAAUCUUCUGUUUAUCCCUCUGAAAAUCAUGCCUCUCUAUUUUAUUCAGGACCUCUGGUUAGGUCAAGCUCUUUACUGGGAUUGCCAUCUAGAAGUAGGAGAGCUAGCAAAAGGCACCAGAAACAGAAUUAUCAACAUGUACAUAACCAACAUAAAAAGUUCCCCUUUUUAAACACAAAAAGAUUUACUCAAUCAGGGCCAUUUAAAGGAUGCAUGAUUGGUGGAAGUAAUCCUCCUGUAGUUAAGAGCUGUAUGCCAACAAGCAUUGGGCCUUCAAGUUCCGCAGCUAUUGCUUUCGGUGAUGUAGAUGGAAGGUUAAACAAAUUGGAUCCUUCUUGUGACAGCUCAUUUCCCACAAGCGGCUCCGUUUAUCUUUCACAAUGUAUAUUGUCAAAUACUCCUCCAUGUUCUCUGGGAAAUGCUGCCUUAAGUCUCCAUUAUGCAAAUAUUAUUAUAUUAAUUGAAAAGCUUGCUUCAUCACCUCACCUGAUUGCCCAUGAUGCAAGAGAAGAUCUGUACAAUAUGUUAACAACAAACAUUAGAAGCAUGUUGAGGGCAAGACUAAAACUAUACACCAAAUCCUUGGCUUCCUCACCUCAUGAUUCUGUCCUUGCUUCUGAAUGGAGUCUGGCAAUAGCGAGAAUGUUGGAAUGGCUUUCUCCUCUUGCCCAUAACACAAUUAGAUGGCAUUCUGAGAGGAAUUAUGAGAAGCAGCAUAUUGUUUCUCGGGGGAAUCUUCUUCUAGUGCAGACUUUGUAUUUUGCGAACCAAUCAAAGACCGAAGCUGCAAUUAUAGAACUUUUAUUGGGUUUGAACUACCUGUACAGAUUUGGCAAAGAAGUGAAUGAGAUAGUUUUCUUGGAAGCGAGUGGUAUCGGAGUUUAUGAUGAGUAUGCUAUUCAGACAGAUACUGUCGCUUGCAAUGCUUAAUCUAUUAUGGGGGCAAACUUUUCUCGGUUUCUCUGAUGAUAGUGGUACACAUACAGAAAAGCGUAUUCAAGUUUGCUGGAUUUCUGGAAGAGUCAGUGUUAGAUUUGUAAAGGGCCUUGGCAGAUUUGCUUGUACUGAGAAGCCUUUGUUUCACAUAGCAAGGAAUCCAUUGGAGAUAGCAGAUGAGUUAACCAUCUUUUAUAUACUAGUUAUACAUUGCUUAUUAUGUCUUAGGUUGCAUAACUUGUUCUUCCCCCCUCCCUCUUCUUCCCAAUCAAUAGCAACCAUAUUCUCUUCCUCAUCAAUUAUUGUAAAGCGUAGUUUAAAUUUUACAAGAGAUGUGCGAUGUUUAACUUUAACCUCAGUAUUUGUAUAAAACCUGAGAUUCUUUUUUCUUGCCUUGUGAGAGUAUCAGUCUGGCAUCUACUA